AUGGGCAAGGCCACCACCCCGACCGACCGCCAGGCGCGCAGGCACAAUCCUUUGCAGGAUGACAUUUUGGCUACGGGCCCCUUGAAGAACAAGGUCGGCAAGAAGAAGAAGGGCAAGAACAGCGACGACGAGGACAAUGGCGACCAUUUCGUCGAUGCGACUCGGAGUCGAACCAUUCUCAGGCUAGGUCGCGAGCUUGCCGACGAAGAUGGCUCUUCGAAGCCCACAGAACCUGCAGCGAAGCCGACCGUCGACCUUUUCGGUAUUGAGUCAAGAUAUGGCGCCGACGUUGGCGGCGACGAGCAGACCUACGAGGACGAGGAGGCCUGGGGCGACGAGGAUGAGAUUGUGGAAGAGAUCGAGAUCGACCCUGAAGAUCUAGAGACCUAUCGCAAGUUUCUUCCAGAGGCCGAGGAAGAUCCUGCCGAGAUGUUGAACCAGGCUGGCUGGGGAAGCAAGGGCGGUGACGAGGAUAUGGCUGGCGGCGGCACCAACUUGACCGAGCUCAUUCUCGAGAAGAUUGCCGCGCACGAGGCUGCGGAGGCUAGAAAGGCUGCCGGUGUGCCGGUGGACAAUGACGACGACUACCAGCUGCCUCCCAAGGUCAUCGACGUGUACACCAAGAUCGGCCAAAUUCUGUCGCGUUACAAGAGCGGACCCUUGCCGAAGCCCUUCAAGAUCUUGCCGACCCUGCCACACUGGGAGGAUAUCAUCGAGGUCACCGAGCCCCAGAAGUGGACGCCGAACGCGGUAUACCAGGCGACCAGGAUAUUUUCGUCUUCGAAGCCUGCCGUGUGCCAGAAGUUUAUGGAGAUUGUCGUUCUCGACAAGGUCCGCGAGGACAUUUACGAGAACAAGAAGCUGAAUGUCCACUUGUUCAACUCCCUGAAGAAGAGUUUGUACAAGCCGCGGGCGUUCUUCCUCGGCUUCCUGUUUCCUCUGCUCUCCAGCGGAUGCACAGUUCGUGAGGCGCAUAUCGUCUCUGCCGUGCUGGCUAGAGUUUCGGUACCGGUGCUCCACUCUGCGGCCGCCCUCAAGGGUAUUACUGAGAUUGCUGCCCAAGAAGCUUCUGCUGGUACCGAGGGUGGUGGAGCUGCGAACAUCUUCAUCAAGACCCUGCUGGAGAAGAAGUACGCUCUGCCUUACCAGGUCAUCGACUCUCUUGUGUUUCAUUUCCUGAGGUUCAGGAGUGUAGACCCUGCGUCCAUCAAGGAGGGCCAGUCGUUUUCCGGAGACAUGGUCAGAUCGCUGCCUGUUGUCUUCCACCAGAGUCUGUUGGCUUUUGCCCAAAGAUACAAGAACGAUCUGAGCGAAGACCAGCGUGAGGCGCUUCUUGACCUGCUCCUCUCCCAUGGCCAUGUUGCCAUUGCACCGGAGAUCAGGAGGGAAUUGCUUGCUGGCAGAGGAAAGGGUGUAGCGGUUGAGCAGAACGCCCCCUUUGAUGGCGAUGACACGAUGCUUGUGGACUGA